AUGUUGAGUCACUUGGAUCUUUCUUCCAACUCCUUAGGUGGGAAGAUACCAUCAUCUAUGUUUUCACUUCCAUCAUUGACAGAUCUAGAUCUUUCCAGCAAUUCAUUUGAUGGCCUUGUUGAUGAAUAUGUGAAUGCAUCUACCUCACAUUUGGACCGUCUCAAUUUGAGUUCUAAUCGUCUAACUGAAUUUUGUCCAAAGUACUUCUUUGAAUUUCCCAUGUUGAGUCACUUGGAUCUUUCUUCCAACUCCUUAAGUGGGAAGAUACCAUCAUCUAUGUUUUCACUCUCAUCAUUGGUGAAUCUAGAUCUUUCCGACAAUUCAUUUGAUGGUCUUGUUGAUGACUAUGUGAAUGUAUCUGACUCACAUUUAGUUAGUCUUGAUUUGAGUUCUAAUAGUCUAAAUGGGUUUUUUCCAGAGUACUUCUUUGAACUUCCAGUGUUGAGUGAGUUGAUUCUUUCUUCCAACUCCUUAGGUGGGAAGAUACCAUCAUCUCUGUUUUCACUUCCAUCAUUGUAUUUAGAUCUUUCCAACAAUUCAUUUGAUGGCCUUGUUGAUGAAUAUGCGAAUGCAUCUACCUCACAAUUGGAAAGUCUCAAUUUAAGUUCUAAUCGUCUAAAUGGAUCUUUUCCAGAGUACUUCUUUGAAUUUCCAAUGUUGAGGUGGUUGAUUCUUUCUUCCAACUCCUUUGGUGAAAUGAUAGAGUUUGAAAGUCUCCAAAAGCUCACCAACCUCAUAGCAUUAGAUUUGUCUAACAAUGAAAUUAGAGGGGAAAUACCAUCAUGGAUAUGGGAACUGGGUAAUGGAACUCUAUAUUAUCUGAAUCUUUCUUGUAAUUUCUUAGAGAGUCUUGAAAAGCCUUAUACAAUUCCAAGCGGUCUUGGUGUACUUGACCUGCACUCAAAUCAAUUGCGAGGCCCACUUCCUAUUCCACCUGCCUGUAAUGAUGGUCAGGAUGGACCUAUUCAUCUUGAUUACUCACACAAUUUUUUCAAUGGUUCCAUCCCAUUUGGUCUUGGGAUUUUUGCUAGAAAUGCUUAUUUCUUGUCCCUUGCAAAUAAUAGCUUCACCGGGACAAUUCCUGAAUCUAUAUGCAGUGGUAGCUGUCAUCUUGUAAUACUUGAUCUAUCCGACAAUAAACUGGGUGGCACACUUCCGUCCUGUCUAUUUAACAGUUUUGACCGUCUUGGAGUAUUAAACCUUGGGAAAAACCAAAUUCAUGGUACCAUACCCGAUUCCUUUACAAUUUAUUGUUCUCUACAAACAUUAGACCUCAGCAGGAAUUCCUUUGAAGGGAAGAUUCCAAAAUCCCUGAUAAAUUGUUCACUGUUGGAAGUUCUGAAUGUUGGGAGCAACAACAUUGUAGAUACCUUCCCAUGCGCAUUGAAGAUCUUAUCAAGUCUGUGUGUGCUAGUCUUGCGAUCCAAUAACUUCCACGGUGACCUUCACUGUGUUAAUGCCAAUCAUAUGUGGCCAAAUUUGCAGAUUAUUGAAAUUGCUUCCAAUAAUUUCAGUGGAAAACUCUCCCCGAAGUUCUUAAACUGGAAAAGAAUGAUUAUUGAUGAAGAUACUGCACAAUCGGGACAAUAUAUCAUGUUUAACUACAUUGCUACAAUUGGAGAAAAAUCAGAUGAUCCAUUUGAAUACUACCAUGAUAUAUUAAUGGUAACCUGGAAAGGGAUCGAGAUGGAAAUGGUGAAACUUCUCAAAGUCUUCACAUUUGUUGAUUUCUCAUGUAAUAAUUUCUAUGGGGUUAUACCGGAAUCUAUUGGGGUUCUCACUUCACUUUACGCUCUCAACCUAUCACAUAAUGGUCUCACAGGAAAUAUCCCUGAAACAAUUGGAAAUUUGAAAAUGAUUGAAUCAUUGGACCUUUCAGCAAAUCAGCUAGGUGGAGAGAUCCCGACAGAGCUAGCAAAACUCACAUUCCUUUCAGUCUUGAAUUUAUCAUUCAACUUCAGACUUUCUGGUAUGAUUCCAACAGGCAAUCAACUUAAUACAUUUGGACCAGAUUCUUACCUAGGAAAUCAAAAACUAUGUGGUUUUCCUCUCCCAAAAAGUUGCAAAUCACCAAAAACUUCCAAUGGCGGUCGAUCUGAGAUAGAAUUUGAUGGUGGCCCCUCUGAGAUCAAAUGGGAAUACAUAACUUGUGCUUUGGGAUUUGCUGUGGGUUUAGGGGCAUACCUGUGGAUGCUUUUGCAUAACAAGAGAUGCAGGGAAGCAUACCAACAACUUGACGAAGUUUUAAUACGGCUAUUCGGUCCCCGACAACGCGGAAGAAAAUCUCCAGGACCAAGACGCAGAGUUCACAAGAACAGGUUCUGAUAACUCGCUGCAACCUUCAGGUAUGAAUGCUGAGAUCAGUGAUUAUGGUGGUGAUACCUCAGCUCUCAUUGCGUGCAUUUUUUUUGGUGUUAUUAUCAUCUGGACAAUA